AUGGUGAAGGCACUCUUCAGUUCCCUUAUUAUCCUACUGAUUGGGAGUUUCUUCUCGCUGAAUACAGUUUGUGGCAUCCCAAAUCAUUUUUACGACAUCAAAUCGCUGUCAGGAGAGCCCAGCUAUCGUUCCGUGAAUCUCACAUGGGAGAUCGAAGAGGUGGCCCAACAGGAGCCUUCGCCCUCUGCACCCGCCUUCACUGUCUUCUACUGCGAAAUGCAAACCUGGGGCGCUCACAGAUGCAAAUCGAAGGUGUUUCAGGACAAUGAAAUUCCCAACUCCCGGCAGCGAAGGCAGUUCUCAAUGGUCAUCGACAAUCUGCGCAUGGCCACGAAAUACACAUUUCACGUGAAAGAGCAGAAGACAGCAGAAACCAGAGGACCAUCGCCCAGAUCAGAUGAUUUCAGUGACGAGAACAGCCUAGAUGAUAAGGCAUUUCGCGGACAGACAAUCAUAAUUCCCACUAAAGGAUUUGCCGCUCAUGCCACAAAGUGCCUCCCGAACGCUUCUGAAAUUGAAGUGGAAACUGGACCCUAUUUUGGUGGACGCAUCAUCGCUGAGGGCAGUGAUUGUGGCAUUGAAGGAGAUAUACAGGAUCCUCGCUCCAGCUAUACAAUGCGCAUAGAUCACGAAAAGUGUGGCAGUCGCGUGAAUCAAGAGGACUAUACAGUGAAGACGUUGAUUACUGUUCAAGAGAACCUCGGAAUCUUCACGCACAGCACGCGACGUUUCGUCGUCGUGUGUACAUAUCAGCCGGAAACACUGACCGUGAGAGCGAGUUUCGCGGUUCCUGGACGCGGAGGAGCCACCGUGAUGUCUCCGGAGUGGCACAAAGAGUCCGCAAGGAAUGCUAGGGAAAGAAACUUCAAGAUGGUGCAUCGAAAUGAGUUGAUCACGAAGGAGAAUGAUCCCGAUCGUGAGGUGGAAGUUGCGAAUUUAAUCCCUGACAAUGAUUUCUUCAGUCAAGCGAAGUUUUCUCGUCUAAUCGAUGAUCAUGCUAACGACAGGACAGCAGGAGAUGAAAUGUCAUCCGGUCGUGGCUACACAGGCAUCGUCAUUGCUGUCUCUCUAUCAUUGAUCACAAUGGGAAGCCUCAUUUACCUCGUGAAGCGCGAAUUGAGACAAAAGGAACUGAAGAAGCAAUUAACUUUCACCGCUGAUAGAUUUAUGCCAUGAUGAUCGACAAACCAUGUAAAUAUAGUCUUCGCGUCCCGAUGCACAACUCCCCAAUAUGCUCUCUUGUCUUAUCAAAUGGAAAGCAUCUCGCCGCGCUCGACUUCUGUUUGAUUCAAGAUAACAGGGCAUAGGAAUUCUCCUCCACAAUGCUCCAAUGCUCACAAUGGGACUCAAAAGUAUCGGAAAUCUCGUUCAAUAGAACGAAAAAUUUGAGAUUCUCCCAAAACUCCAAAGUCUGAUAUUCUAUACAUUUUA